AUGCCUUCUGUGUCAGUGGAUGGACUCACUCCACACGAGCUAUUACAUUAUUUGCCUACAUAUCGGGUAUUGAUCUGCCGAUGUUGCAGGUACGCCAUCCAACCUGGUGCAGUCGCUCGCCAUCUCAAAGAAAUCCACCAUCUUCAUCAUCCGUUGCGUGGAGCAUUCGUCGACUACGCCUCUCAAUUUGAACUAUAUAAACCCGCCGAAGUUGCCUUGCCAGAUGAAACCCAAUUCCCAGUGUCUCUGCUGCCCAAACAAAAUGGGCUAGCCUGUUCCUUUGCGCACUGCGGCCAUCUUUCUGCUACAACUAAGCGCAUGAAGCAUUAUUGGAUGACUUUUUAUCACACCGCAGCCUCUGAUAUUUGGGGCUUCUGGGACACUGUGCCAUUGCAGAGCUUUUUCCAGGGAAAUGCCUUUCGCUACUUUACUAACCCGGCGUUGUUAAUGUCUUCGUCGUCAUCUGCCAGUACCGACGAGCCGACGAGUACUACUAUCACAACCCCGGCUUCAAGCUUGUAUCAUGGAGAACCAAUCAUCUCACAAAUGUUGAUCACGACUGACGCAGAAUUACUCGAUCACUACCAGAACUAUACCUAUAAAACCCUCUCAUGCGGCCCAGAGACAGGCACCGCAUUCCAAAUAAUCGUCCCCCAACUAGGAACGCAAUUCUCCUUCGUACUUCAUGGCAUCUUGUCCUGUGCCGCCCUCCACCUUGCUUCUAUCGACCCACCCAAUCGCGCAUAUUACACAAUCCAGUCAAUACGACACCAAGACCAGGCAGCUCCAGUAUUCCGACGGGCAACGAUGCACGUGGACAUGGACAAUAGCCAGGCGGUGCUGGCAUUUGCAUUCUUCCUCGUCGUCUAUGCCCUAGGCUCUCAAUCCACCGACCAAGCCCUAUUCCUUAGUAAUGAUGAAGACCCAGAAGAUGCGCCUUCAUCAAACUGGAUCGAAAUACUUCGCAACGGUUGCUCCAUGCUCUGUCCUGUCUGGACAGAACUCACGACUGGCCCCUUGGCACCCUUUACAACUCUUUGGCGAGAUGAUCUCGGCGUCCCUAUAGACCCCAAGGGCCCGCUUCUGAUUACUCUACUCUCUAUCAUACCAGACCAUGAAUCGGAAUCAGCUGAAAGCUUAAUAUACCGCGACUCAGCUGUCAAAUUGGCAAAUGCUUUUUCAUUCAUCAAGAAUUGCGGACCCUCGCCGAGUAUUUGGGAUGCUCUCAAUUCAUGGCCAAUGCGUGUUUCCCCUGAUUACCUGGCCCUGUUGAAACAGAACAACCCCGGUGCUUUACUGCUUUUGUCAUACUAUGCUAUCAUCCUCCGGCCACUUAGGGGAAAAUGGUUUCUAGAAGGUCGCGUCACGGGGUUGGUAGAUCAAAUCGCGCGACGAUUAAGGGGGAAUUGCUCGCCACGAAUAUGGGAGGUAUUUUCCACAAUGCAGGAGGAAUAUUUCUGA